AGUUUCUUUGGAUUCGGUCAGAGUGCAGAAAUCACUGUUGUACUGGAUGGAGCUGAUACUAGGAAGCAAGCAGACAUUAAGACUGAAGAUGGAAAGAAAGAAAGGCACCUACUUUACUAUGAUGGUGAAAGUGUGUCAGGAAAGGUGAACAUCUCUCUGAAAAAGCCUGGUAGUAAAUUGGAGCAUCAGGGUAUAAAAAUUGAGUUCAUUGGUCAGAUUGAACUAUACUAUGACAGAGGAAACCAUCAUGAGUUUACAUCAUUGGUGAAGGAACUUGCUCGGCCGGGAGAACUCUUCCAGAAUACAACCUACAACUUCGAGUUCUUAAAUGUGGAGAAACUAUUUGAAUCAUAUACUGGAUCAAAUGUUCGGUUGAGGUACCUGCUACGUGUGACCAUUGUGCGACGGUUGUCUGAUAUUAUCAAAGAAGUGGACUUAGCAGUGCACACUCUCUCCUCAUACCCGGACAUGAACAAUAGUAUUAAGAUGGAAGUGGGGAUUGAAGACUGCCUGCACAUCGAAUUCGAAUACAACAAGUGCAAAUAUCACCUGAAAGAUGUCAUUGUUGGUAAAAUAUACUUCUUAUUAGUUCGGAUAAAGAUCAAACACAUGGAGAUAGCUAUUAUCAAGAGAGAAACAACUGGGUCAGGUAAACACUCCAUUUUAUUUUAA